AUGGCUCAGCUCGAGAAGACCACUCGCUGGUGGUCUGACUGCACGGUUUCUUGGCGUGAACGUUGGGCACGUACGCGUGACGAACGCAAUUAUCUCCGUCAACAGUUGCGCGCCACCCAGGAGGAAUUAACCUCGCUUUUACGAGCGAGAUGUCUUACGUCAGGUAGAACGCGUCUGAUAGAUGAUGCAUCAGAUGUUGCAAGUCAGCGACAACGAAAUUUUGUCUAUAACACCGCUUUAACGCCAGGUUGCCCAGAAUUCAAGGGAGGAGGCAAAGUUUGCUACCAAAGACGCACCAUAGAUACCUUUUUACCCCUAGCUUUUAGUGAAAACGAUGACUCUUUUAUUCGCCCCUCAUCUAACCCUGUUGACAAAGGUGAUCCUUCACUCAGGCGAUGUGGCACCCCUGUGGGAAAAGAGCCAUUUGAGGAGGGAGCUAUGGCGCAAACUGCCCAUACGGCAUCACCAACCCACGGCUUUUCACGAUUAAUGCAACUUGGUAAUGGGCAUUCCAGCCAUGGGCAGACAGACUAUGCUGAUACACAGGACUUCGACAUCCUUAGAGCAUCCUGUCGCCUUGGGAUAGCCUAUCCUUCCCAUGGUGAGCUAAGCUUUGCUAUGAUUUUAAUAGUAAUUUAA